AUGGCGGCCGUUUUCUCAGUGGGAGCUCCGGCGACGCGCGCUCUACCAGGCAGCUCCAUCGCCGCUGCUUCCGCCGGAGAAGGUCUUCGCACGGUUCGCCAAUACUGAACGCCGCCGCCGCUCUAUGCCGACUAAUCACGGCCUUGCUCUUGUUUUCCUCGUGCAGCCAUUCCCAGCCGCAGAGGCCGGCCGUCCAUUGCCUGCGCUGCGAAAUCCAGUGCCGUUCGUGGCUCUAGAUUGUUAGUUGUUCCCAAUCUUCGGCUGCAGGAGUUCUUCGUGGAUGCCAUCUAGUCUGAUUCGUCUCCUUUUUUUUUUUUGGAAUUAAAGGAAGGUGGCUUGCUCUUCGGGGCCAGAGAAUCUCUUAGACGAGGAUUCUGGAAAUACUAGGAGACAGACCUUGUUACAGAUCCUGUUUUCCGCGAUUAGUUCUCCGGCAAUUGCUUCCGGCGCUUCUGCGGAAACUGGUAGCUCUCCGGUUCAGGUUUCAUUAUCUGAUAUAAUUAUCCGCUUGUACUUGAGAUAUUUGAUCACUCUCCUCCUUACAAUGUUGUUCACAUAGUUGGCAUUUUCUGUAUCCAGAUUUUUCCAACUUCCGAACUUACGAUGAUGCGACUAACAAGUUCCAGAUAUUAGUCCCUCAAGGUAAAACGCGAGAAUCAUCCCCCCCUUUUUUUGUGCAGAUCUCAUUUCUUCAGAUCAUCUAUUCCGCAGUCAAAUCUAGAAAAAAAUCCCAGAUUCCCCGGCCGGUCUUCAGAGCUUUUCUAAACCGUCCUCCUGAUCUUCUUCAGAUUUUUUUUCACCAAAUCAUCAUCAUCAUAUCAAUAUCACCAUUAUCACCAUUAAUAUCAGCUGUGCUUCGAUGUUGAAUCUAGAAAAACGCGAGAUACCAGUCCCUCAAGGUAAAACGCGAGAAUCAUCUCCCCCCUCGCCCUUCUUUUUUUUGCAGUCCAAAGAAGCUUAUCCAUAGUGCGCAAAGAAAGGAACCGGCACCAUUAGAUCGAAUUUUCAGUAGAUCGAAUCUCAUUUCUUCAGAUCAUCUUCUCCGUAGUCAGAUCUAGAAAAAUUUCCCAGAUUGCCCGUCCGAUCUUCAGGGUUUUUCUAACCAUCCUCCAGAUCUUCCUCAUAUUAGGUUCACCAAAUCAUCAUCAGAAUCAUAUCAAUUUCAUCAUUAUCACCAUUAAUACCAGUUACGCUUCGAUCUUGAAUUUCCGGCAGCAUUAUACAUCUAAAAUUUCCCAACCGCAUGUAAAACAACGGUUGAUGUCUGAAAUUAAAUCCAUGUUUAGUGUUCUUAAAAUAUGGGGGACUUCAGAUGAAAUUCCUUUCAGGUGGUUGCUUAGUUCCUCUCCCAUGGGGUCUGAGCUGUGAGAACAUGAUUCUCUUACCAUUAAUUGGACCUCUAGACUAACGAGCACCGUAUGCAGAAUGGCUGGCGGGCACAGGCGAGAGCAGUGGUAUCAAAUCAGUCACCGCGUUCUUCCCUGAGCCGGCUUCUGACACUAAUGGUACUACUAACACCCAGCUUCGUCGCCCAUUUUGGUAAAUUGCUGAUGAACUUAACACAGACGGUGGCUUUCUUCAGUCAGCGUUGUUAUCACCGGGAUAGGCCCAGAUUUUACCCGGCUGGAGUCGUUCGGCAAAGUAGAUGAGUUUGCGGAAAAUCUGGUACAUUAUUCUCCCCUCUUCCCUCCUCGCCCAUCUGAUCCUGGGCUCUCUCAAAUGCGUGGGGCCUCGUUCAUGAGCAGGUGAAUGGAUUGGAUAGAAGCUGGAAGAGGCCCCCUGGUCUGGCUGCCAAGCUCAUAGAUUCCAAGGCUAGGAAUGGUAAUCCCUCUCUCUCUCUCUCUCUCUCUCUCUCUCUACCCUGUUCACCAGUGAUUUGAUCUCCUUCUCUCCUCCAUUAUCAGGGCUGUAUUACAUUGAAUACACGCUGCAGAAUCCGGGAGAAAGGCAGAGGCACAUCAUAUCAGCUGUUGGGAUGGCCAACAACGGCUGGUACAACAGGCUGUACACCGUCACCGGGCAGGUAUCGAAAUGAACCCCCUUUAAUUCUCUCUGUCCGUUUUUCUCUCUCAUGAAAUGGGCUUUGAUGAUCUUCCUCAGUUCUUCGAGGACGAAUCGGAGAAGUUCAAGACACAGAUCGAGAAGGUGAGACAAGAGGGAUUUCUAGCUUUCCCUUCUUUGCCAUUCCCACAAUCUGGGAACCUAAACCGGUGGUUCUUGCAGUCGGUCUCAUCGUUCAAGUUCACCUAG